AAUGAAAACAGGCCCAAAGAAGGAAGCCUUAAUUGGGUCAUAAAGGCAUGUCUAGUCCUAAAUUUGGUCUGCUAACGCUACAUCGAUUCCUAGUCUCUCUCUCUCUGCCUUCUCUGCUUUGGUGAAGUUUGGUGAUAGCAGUAAUCCAUUGUGCUCAUCUGCUGUGGACAUGAUAGAAAUCAAGGCUGAAAAUACAGAUGGGGAACCAGUGGGAAGUCAAGGUUCAUCUGUUAGUAUAAAGGUCUUAUUCUUUGCCAGAGCUCGGGAUAUAACUGGCUUGGCUGAUAUGCAAUUAGAGGUGUCAUCUGGUAGUACCACCAGCGAUUGUUUGAAUAAGCUUAUUGCUAGGUUUCCUAGCUUGGAAGAGAUCCGUGGUUGUAUAGUUCUAGCUCUAAACGAGGAAUACACAACCGAGGCAGCAAUCGUCAAAGAAAAGGAUGAGUUGGCAAUCAUACCUCCCAUCAGUGGUGGCUAAAUAUUUCGUACAAAUUUCUCGAAUGUAUAAGCAAACCCAGGAAAAUGACUACUAGCCUCACAUUAAUAGACGGUUCUCCUUUAUCUAAACAA